AUGGAUAAGAAAAUACAUUUAAUUCAAAAGCAUAGACAUAGGUUUGUAAAUGGAGUUAUGCAUUCAAUGACUUGUACAAUGGAAGAAAUGAAAUGUGCUGUUUCCUUAGGUUUAUAUCUUGGUAUUAAUGGAUGUUCAUUAAAAACACAAGAAAGUCUUGAAGUGAUAAAAAACGCACCAAUAGAUAAGUUAAUGAUAGAAACCGAUGCCCCGUGGUGUGAUAUUAGACCUACACAUGCUUCAUAUAAGUAUUUAAACUUACCGGAAGAAAAAAAAUUAUUAUAUCAGCCUGCAACGCGUAAAAAAGAAAAAUUCAGUUGGAAUUGUAUGGUUAAAGGACGUAAUGAACCUUGCUGUAUUGGACAAGUGUUAUAUAUAAUAGCUUCAAUUCGUGGUGUUGAUCCUGAAGAAUUAGCUGAUACAAUAUAUGAGAAUACAAGAAAAGUUUUUUUUAACAAUUUAACAUGA